AUGACGCAUGCGCAAUAUUUGGAUUUGCUGGGGCAGUAUACUGGUUUCAGACUACAGGGUGUGGCUACAGUUAGAGGGGGCAGUCGCAUUUCUGUGACAGCUAUCAGACAACAUAUGAAGGUAUUGCACCCCGACAUUACCGGCGAGACAGAGGAUCUCUAUAUUCACUGGUACACGAGGUUGGCACUGUUCCUUCUUUUUGGGUGUGUCUUGUUCCCGAACAUUUCGGGAAAUCUAGUGAGUCUGCGCUUUCUGCAUCAUCUGCAGCAGCUAAAUGAGUUACCCCAGUAUAGCUGGGGUGCUGUUGUUCUCGCAUACAUGUACAGGAGUAUGUGCCGGGGUAGCAUAGUCACCCAGGUGGACAUAUGUGAUUUUCUAUCGCUUCUACAGGCCCUUAUGGAGAGGNCAGUAACAACUUUAGCAUGGGCUGCUAUCGCGUAUCAAUCACAGCUCCAAGCUGCUGGAGAAUUAAAAAAUGUUCAGUCUGCUAUCAAAUGGGGCACUGAUUAUUUCUUGAAAGCCAGUUCUAAGCGUAAUCGUCUCUAUGUCCAGGUUGGAGAUCCAGUGAAAGAUCAUGAAUGUUGGACAAGGCCAGAAAACAUGAAAACGCCGAGAACUGUACUAAUGAUAGACCAGAAUAAUCCUGGAACAGAGAUUGCAGCUGAGACUUCUGCAGCAAUGGCGGCUGCUUCUGUUGUAUUUCGUGGAACCAAUCGUACCUAUGCCCGUCAACUUCUCAACAAGGCCAAACUGCUUUUUCAGUUUGCCAAAAGCCAUAAAGGAACUUAUGAUGGGGAAUGCCCUUUCUAUUGCUCCUUUUCUGGCUUUCAUGAUGAGUUGUUGUGGGCAGCAACAUGGCUAUAUAGAGCAACCAGGAGGCCGACAUACUUGGAAUUCAUACAAGAGGAGGCUACUACUGCAACUGUAGCUGAAUUUAGUUGGGACCUUAAAUAUGCUGGAGCUCAAAUACUCCUCUCUAAGUUCUAUUUUGAAGGGGAGAAAGAUUUACAGAAUUUUAAGCAACAGGCUGAUGGUUAUAUUUGCUCAGUACUUCCACAUAGCCCCCAUCACCAGGUUUAUAUAUCUCCAGGGGGUCUGCUUCACCUUAGAGAUGGAGCUAAUACUCAAUAUGUUACUGCCACAGCUUUUCUGUUUAGUGUUUAUAGUGAUUAUCUAGCCAACCAUAAGCAAAAGGUCAGCUGUGGUAACAAACAGUUCAAUUCAGCUGAUCUCAUGGCCUUUGCCAAGCAACAGAUGGACUAUAUACUAGGCAAAAACCCAAGAGGAAAAUCAUACAUGGUUGGUUUUGGGAACAAACCUCCAACUCAAGCUCAUCACAGAGGUGCCUCUGUCCCGAAAAUGUCUCCAAACAAACUGGUGGACUGCUCCAUGAGUUUUGUGUACUGGUAUAACACAGAAAAACCCAAUCCUAAUGAGCUAACAGGCGCCAUUGUUGGUGGUCCUGAUCGAUAUGAUAACUUUGAAGAUCGUCGUUCCACUUCAGCCAUGACUGAGCCAACAACAUACACAAAUUCUUUGGCCGUUGGUGUCCUUGCAAAGCUCGCGAAGCACCAUGCCCUGUCUUGAUCACCUAGCCACAUGUUCAUUAUGGGGAAGAUUUCUGAAGGUGUACAAGUUAUUUUUUGCAGAUGAAUUGACAGUAUAUAUAGUGAUGUCUUUGUAGGUCCUAUAUAUGUAGUGACAGCCUCGGAUAGCUGGCUGCAAGGUAUCGGGGCAAAUAAGCUCGAGUUUGUCUCUCUUUUUUUCAACAGAUCAGAUGUGUUUAACUUAGAAUAGGAUUCUUUUGAUGGUCUAGAAUCUAAUGUACUACUCUUGCAAUGUUGAUUAGUUACAUAAAGUCUGCACCCAAGAAGAGUACUUUCUUGUGGUGGUUUUAUAGAUGAAAUAUUGUGUACAUUUGUAAGGAAACACAAAUUUGAAUAACAGUAAUUCCAAGAUCCUUACUAUGA